AUGGCGGAACAUUGGUCGCCCUCACCACAUCUGCCGGCUGCCCAGCCAGCAGGCGGGCAAGAAUUGGGUCUGCAGGCGAGGCCCAUGGGACUGAAGGUCCACUACUCGUUCGAUCGCGACAACCAGGUGCACUGCCUGGCGCGAUGGCCCCAUAUCCUCCAGGUUCCCACGAUAGCACUCGACGAAAAGACCACAAUUGGCGUGGCAGACCUCCGCACCUGCCUUCAAGCCGUGUCCCUGAGCAGUCCUGAAAUAUUGAACCAGCAAGAGAACGACUACAGCGUGUAUGCGCACGACUAUUCCGAACUAGAUGUGCCCUUGGUUGGGCAGGGCUUGUUAUCGUGGGCUAUGAACCCGCAGAGCAGUCCUCACCACAACCAACAACAAUUAGUGACGGGACGCGUCACGAGGAAUGUUCUUGCGCUCCUCAACAGUGGGAGCCGGGACGUGCUGGAGGUGAAGCUGAAGUUCACCACGGUCCCAAGGAUCUCCCAACGGACAGAGAUUCCCACCACGGAGCACGCGAAUGGCAUACGGCCUGCCUCGAUCCCUGCCGAGACGGCAUCAGAAUGGAACUCGUUCAUUCAGUCCAAUCCGAUGCUGGGGCACACCUGCAACAUCAGCGCAGUGUCCUCACCCGCACUGGCUCCAGCACAACUUGCCCAAUACAACAACACCCCGAGCAGCGAGAAUAGGCCAGUGGAAGUAAGGAGUGAUCACUACCCCCAGCAGCCGAUUCGACCAGCGAGCAUACCUCCAGCCAACGUACCGCCUCCCGUUACCGUUCCGCCCACAAGCAGGACUUCCAGUGUAGCGCCGAUUCCUCCGCGGCCACAAACCUCCGCAGACACCGCACCGUCGCCGGCUGCUCCUCCACAUCCUACUGAAGCUGCACCACAAACUCGCCCUUCACGACCUGCGUCGAGAUCGCGGAGCAAACAACCAACCGGCAGGCCUCGAGGACGGCCCAGGAAGAGGCCCGUGGAGACCGGGAACACGUCGGCAGUCGAAGAAGCCACCGAUGGCGAUGAAGGGCCGCAAAAGAAACGGGCCAAAGUCACCAAGACCGAGUACAGCGUGAUCGCGCCAUUUGGUGCUGCCCCAGAUUCCCUGAGGGUGACUGCUAGCACCUCGGGCUCUCUGCGCAACAUGCGACCUGUUGGUGCAGGAGUAGAAGGGCCGGCUGCGAGCCACCUCCAGGAUGUUCCAAGGGCACCCACGCCGGUCCCAGAUGGGCAGUUACUACACCACCAGCAGAUGAGGAGAGCAAUGGAGAACGCGAGGAUCGAGUCCGCGAUGAGCAUGGAGCAGUCCGGACUAGGCAGGCAACCGGUGCGGAACAAGAGCCAGGAUGCCAGGUCGCCCGCAGACUCAGUCGCGCAAUCACCCGACCACGGCUAUUCACCAGAAGACAGUACUGGCGACCUAAACUCAUCACCGCCUGUGCCACGAACGUCCACUUACAUUCAGUCCAGCCCGCCGGCGUCGAGUCCUGUCCUUCCUUCCAUGCCGAUACCUCCACUCGACUCUGGAUUUAUGAGCGGUGGCCUUGAGGACUUUUUCGACGACGAGGACAUGCUCCAAUGCCCCCGACAACGGCAAACUGAGGACCAAAUGCUGCCUAUUGCAUGCCUUCCGAUGGCAAAACCGGACCACCGCAGGAACUCCCGCGCCCAACCGCAACAGCAGCAGCCAUCCAACUUCCCAUUUCACGAGGUGAACCCGGGGCCCCCAGAGCUCUUGCCUACCACCAGCAUUUUUAACCCAGCUGGUAAAGCCAAGGCAUUGAACAGACAGUCCUCUGUAGCCUUGCCCCAGCCCGCGCCCAAAAAACCGUCGAGCCGUUCACUCAAACGGUCAAACACAGCUCCGAAUCCGAUCAACCCAGAGCAGGAACUGCUCUCGCGGGGAAACUCGGCGCACCAACAGAACGGAAACGGGGAGCAGGGGGGGCUUGACCAGCCGUGCCCGCCCCAAGAACAGGCUGGGUACUCCAACAGUGCCGUGAGUUCGGCGCAACAUACGGGAAACGGUACGGAAUAUGGGUACACAGAGGUUUCCAAGCAGGAGCCGGCCUCGAAGCCUGCGAUGCCAUUGCCAAUCCCCGAACGCCCGGAGCCUGUCUUGUCCGCGACAGCUCACCCGCCAUCGAGGCCUGCUUCAAGGGAUCAGCAAACUCCGAGUGCGUCAGCCCGGCCGCUGCCGCCGAGCCAGCCCGCCCCGGAGCCGCUUCUGACUUUACCUCGUGCGGUUGUCUCUGAGCCUCCUUGUCCGCCGAGUGAUCCCGACCCUCCAAGAUACAGCAAGAACCUGGUUAAGAAACAAUCCAUCAAGGAGAAGCUCGAGAGCGCAAUCGAAAAGGGGGAGUCGCCGCCAUUCUGUAGUAACUGCGGUGCGAUCGAAACUCCCACAUGGCGCAAGAUUUGGACCCAGGAUCACGUCGGAAUCCCGGGGUUUCACGAGUUCUCGGAUAAACCGGGAUGUGUCACCAUGAUUGAGGUAUUGGAAAGGGAUGCAAACGAGCAGCCUUCCAAGUACCGGAUGGUCAAAAAGAAUCUGGGGACCACGGACGACAAGAAGAAUUGGACCGAAGCUCUCUUGUGCAAUCCCUGUGGCAUAUGGCUGGGAAAGUUCAAGGUUCAUCGGCCGCCCGACCGGUGGGACAAGGACGCUGCCCGACUCAAUCAACCGCGGAGGAGGCGUGAGCCCAAGGGCAAUACCCGGUCCAAGAAGGCUCGCUCAAAGAGCGAUGCCCAGGUCAAUCCCACGUCGGAGGCUUAUUUCACCACCGACCCUAUCGGACCCCCAGACAGCGACUUUCCAAUGAGUCGCAUUGAGGAGAGUGGGACACAGUCAGGCCAACAAAUCCUAACAAUCGUUGAAGACAAGCAUUUAAACUUGCGGAGCUCCCCAAGACAGAGCUUUAUGGGAUCGACUCACUCGAGGGGCAGUGGGACUGCGGACAGCCCUAUUGCAGUUGAGGAGGAUGAUCUUGGCAGCACGAGAAGGCUGCUCUUCCCGUCACCGAGGAGGGAGGGCGUGCCCAAGAUUCUUGGGGAGCUUUCGCUAAACACAACUCAGCCAACCACACACGGCCAGGAAGCUAAGUGCGCAGCGGCAGGAAAGGAAAACAGCAGACAGCCGGGGCGUCAGGGUACACCACAGCCGAACAACGAGCAUGACGACCUCGAGCAGGAACUCUUCGGCACACCUCCCCGACGACCGUCCACCCCGCCUCCCAAGGGCGCCGCGGGACCGUUCAAAACGCCGACCCGUCCAACGCCGAGCCACCGGCCCAUCACUAGGAGCAUCUCCCGCUCGAUCCGCUCCAUCAGGAGCAUCCCCAAAUCUCCCGGCCAGCUCUUCACCACGCACCAGCACCUCCUCCAGCGAACACCAAUCAAAACCUCGCGCACUUCAUCCGCCAGCAAGCGUCGCGGCAACAACAGCAGCAGCAACAACCACCACCUCGACGCAGAUUUCUCACUGGAACCGGACGAGCACAACCAGCUCGCCAUGGGCCUGGGCAGCAUGCCGCACAUGCACUUUGAUUCGCCCUUCACGGCCACCCUGCACCAGCUGCUGAGCGAGGCCAACGAAUUCAUUGGUGGCGGCUCGCCAUCGCGGCACGGCGGUAUCGGUGCCGGCGGCGCGGACGCCGAGCUGGAUCUGAGCACUCUGUCGCAGCACUUGGAACGGUCAACAAGCGGGGGCGAAGCCGGUGAUGGUGGUGGGACGGAUGGGGCCACCGGAGGUGGUAGUGCUGGUGUGACGAUGGACUUUGGAAGCUUCUUGGGGACCGAUUUGGUUAUGUCUAGUAGCCCGCCGCUUUUGAGGGGGCGUGGAAGCAGGAAUGGUGGGCGUGGGAAUGGAAAUGGAAAUGGCGGGGAGCAGCAGUUUGGAGGCGUGUUGCAGCAAUGA